AUAUCUAUAAACUGAUUAUUUCUCAACUGUAAACCACCCAUUCCCACCAAAACAAUUUUUUUGUUUGUGUGUGUUUUUGGAAGAGGAAUAAAGAAGAAUGCCAACUCUUAAUUUGUUCACAAAUUUACCAGUAGAUGCAGUUAUUGCUUCUGAUAUUCUCAAAGAUGCUACUAAAGCUGUUGCAAAAAUCAUAGGCAAACCAGAGUCAUAUGUGAUGAUCUUGUUGAAUGGAGGAGUUCCUAUUGCAUUUGCUGGUACCGAAGCUCCUGCUGCAUAUGGAGAACUAAUUUCCAUUGGAGGUCUUGGACCUAGUGUAAAUGGCAAACUCAGUUCAACCAUUGCAGAGAUUCUUCAGACAAAACUGUCAAUAGACAGCGACAGAUUCUAUAUAAAGUUUUAUGAUUCUCCGCGCCCAUUUUUUGGGUUCAACGGCUCAACUUUUUGAUGAGCCUGCUUAAAAGUAACUGCUCUGAAGUCUGGAGAAGGAACUUCUUGGUACAGCAGCAGUUCAACACUUCAUCUGCUCUCAACUGUGAUCGUUUCACGGAAGAAGUAAACCCUUCUAACAUGUUCAAUCAUCAAUGGUGAUACUUCUGUACAAUGUCUGUACAAUAUCUUGUUUGAUUGUGAAUUUCGUAGCGCUAAGAAAUAGGAAACUAUAAUGCAUAUUUCAGCAUUAACAUAUGCCCAGCAUAGGGCUAGUUUUACAAAUUUAGUGCUUCUGUUGUCUUCUACUUUAAACUGAGAUUAUUCUUAAAUAGAUUUAUAUUAUGUUUUUUUACAAGUCAAAGAAGUUCUAAGUGCCAA